AUGGGCCUACUAGAAUGGAUUCCUCGGAGGCCUCAAAUCUUCUCACGCAGUCCACGCAAGGUGCCACUUUCUAACCUGGAGCUGCUACCGCUUGAACUAUUACUCCUCAUCACAAAUUUCCUGACAACCACCGACAUCAUCUGUGUAAGCCUAUGCAGCCGAACGCUGAAAUAUUCCACAACAAAUCUCUACGAGUUCAAGAAACUCCGUGACAAAUCGCUAGCUCUUUCCAUCCUUGCCAGACUGAUGCGAGACCUCCCUCGGAUGGUUUGCUGCCACUACUGCGCCAAGCUACAUCGUAUCACCGACGUCUGCCAUCCAGCAUGUACCGAGGGCAUUGUCCACCAGCAAUGCCCGGAUCUGGGACUGCGGUACCGAGAAAGCGGACCGUUGCCUUCGCUUCGGUGCCGCUACGGAAUCAAUGCCGAGACCUUGGCCUACACUGAAGUAGUAGAUUAUCCCAUGAUCCUGCAAGAACGACGUUGUUCUUGCCCGACGCCAUCUCUGGUCCUGCAGAUACAGCAAUGGAUGCUAUUCCAUGAUGUUGAUAUCGCUUCUGACUGGGACGCUAAGGUAACAGUUUGGGUGCUCCAGAAUCAGCAUAUUUGCGGCUCGCAUACAUUGGGCACUCCGGAGAUAAUGGACGGGAUUCGAUCUGCUAUUCGACAGCGGGGUUUCUGUCUGGAUGAGCUGUCUGCCACUGCAGGGUGUAUUCAAUGCUUGGCUUGCGGUGUUGAAUUUGAGAUCGCCCUCCACGACUGUGGCAAGGAUGGAAAGGCAGCGAUGGUCACCAAAUGGCUAGAUCUUGGGACGGGAACGGAUAUUAAGGAUCCGAAAUGGAGGAAGAAAUCCACUCCAAUUUUCGACAACACAGAGUAUACACACGAGUUUGCUGAUGUGGUAGCGAGCUCGGGGGAGGCUCGAGUCUGUUUCGUGAAAGCUCUGAUCAAGAGAGUGACCCUACGCUGCGAAAUAAGUCAUACUUAA